UCACCUCUUGUAGCCAUAGAAACAAAAUAAAGCUAGAAUAAUUGAAUGGACGUAAAAUGGAACCAACAGAAGAUGUUCCACAAAUUCAAAGUGCAACAUUGGAGGAUUUUCCUACAAGGGCAGUUUCAGAAUAUUUUAAUUCCACUUUCUGUGGAAUCUUCAAGAGCUCGGCACCUCAUCCCAAAUGGAAUAUUGUACCAAAAUCUUCUCAGCAAAAUUUGAUCGACACAUUAAUAUCAGAUGACAAGAAUAAAUCAGAAAUCAGGGAAAAGGAAAAUGAAUAUCAAGGAAAAGUAGCGCUAUUGGAUAAGCAGUGGGCCGAUGUGGGAGAGUUAGAAAGUCAUCUUAAAGAGGCUUUUCUUGAAACUGAAGAAAAAAUUGAAGACCUUCGAAAAUGUGAAUUGGCAAAUGGAAAAUCAGCAGCGUGUGAUGUCAAUGAUCUUUUAAAGGAAAUCGUCUGCUUAAAAAAACGUGAAGAAUAUUACGUGGAGGAUACCAAAAAAAUUACAGAUGCAAUACAAAAUAUGGAUGAGGACAUUGAUGCCCAAUCUCACUUUAUGGAUUUUGCAGAAAAAGUAGCUGCGGAGCAGACUUCAGUGUAUUCCUCAGGGGCAUUAUCUGUUUUACAGCAUUACGAGCGCUUAAAGAGUGCUCACAGAGAUGUAACAGUAGAGCAGGAAAAUACCUUAAUGAGGCUAGGAGAAUUAGGGCAGGAAAUGAAAAAAUUUAAUUCUUCAAGCUCGGAAAGCUUAGACGCUUUGGAGACAACAAUACAGGAAGUGCAAACUCAAGUUGCAAACCAGACUAUAGAAAACAAAGAACAAGAAAAACUUAUUACAACUCAGCGAGGGAAACAGAGGAUAAAAUUUGGGGAAGUGAAAAUUAUGGAGGACGCCAUUAGGUGCAUGUUUGAGGCAAGCUGGAAAAGAUAUCAUGAACCUAUGAGCGAGGCACCAAUAAAAAAUAUCAAACAACAAUCGGAAUACAUACAGCUGACAAUGGCAUCACUGGAAAAUUUGAUUUGCUAUUUGAAAAAAGCCAACCCAAAAUCUCGUGAAUCGGUUAGUCCGCAACUUUCAGAAAGUGAAACAAAUCCAAAGAACACAAAAUAAUCACAAAAUGGUACAUUGAUUUGGAAUCAUGAUUAACAAACUUGCAAAGAUUGCUUGUAUAGUUUUCUAUAUUUUACAUGAUUAUACAGCUUAUAGUGCUUUUGGCUUCAAUAAAAGUGAAAAAAAAAAACUAAAAUUUAACACUUAAAUCAUAAAUAAACAUCAAAAUAUCAGUUUAGAAUUCUGUAAAGCUCGAGACUUCCUUUGUUACUUGAAUAAAAUCAAAGUAUUAAUAUAUCAUUGAUAACAAACUAUAUGUUUGCCUGGAUUUGCACUGACUAAAAAUAAUGC